UGCAUUUCAGCCUGAUGCACGUAACACUAGUUGACAACAUAGCUGACCUCUCAGAGGAAACUGGUGCUUCUCCUUACAUCUCCCAAAUUUGCAACCAGGAGACAACAUGAAGCCCAAAUCCUUUCCAUCCCGACUGUUUGACAGGAAUUCAGCAGGAGUGUCAGGUGAAAGGAGGAAUAGUUGUGCAGCAAAAUAUCAACGGCAUGUUGACUCUGUGGAUCAACCACCCUCUGAUGACAGCAGUCCAAACGAGAAAGCCAAAAAAGACCUAAACUUUGCCUUUCUGCCAGAGCGCUAUGAACCACUGAUAGAUGACGAGGCUAAAGAAGAGAAGAAAAAGAGGAAGAAAGAAAACUACAAGAAAGUAAAAAAGAAUGUUGGGAAGGCACUUCGCACCACCUGGAAGUGUCUGAUGCUCGGUCUGUACAACUUCGCCCUCGCCUAUUCCACUCCCAUCGCAGCGGCAGCAACUUUUGUUCCAGAUUUUCACCCCAGCAGAGACAGGACAUGAGCUACGCUGCAAGGAUGCCGCCUUUGGAGUUAGUUGUAACCUUGGGACCUUGACCAAACUCUCUAUGUUUUUUAUAUUCUUGUAUUUU